CAAGCUGCCACCAAAUGUCUCAAUGAAGUCUUCUACUUUAAUCGUGAGGGCAGUGAAGUAUUGACCGGUUCGGAGUAUUUUUGUGGCACCGGCAAAAUGGAAAGAAAAAGUUUUCUUAAUCAAGCCGUACUCUCAUACAUAUCAACACCCUACUACAAACGUAUACUAGCAAAUGUCGUUAAAGAAACUGAAAAUGCAACACACAUGAACAAAACAACAAUUAAAAAAACUACAGAAAAACCAAAGGAAAGGACGACAACUACAACAACAGUUAAACCAACAACAACUACUGCAACCACUUCUAAACCACUCAAAGUGAAUCAGUUAACAACAUUACCAAUAGCCGUAACGGGCAAUUUAUUGACGACUUCCUUUACACAACAGCCAGCUUUGUCGACAACUUCCUUUGCAACAUCUUCAGCUGGAGAGGAGUAUGCAAACGAAAGUAUGGACAAGGAUAAGAAUGUUAGUAAUUCGUUUGCUUAUGUGGUGGCUUUGUUGUCAAACAAAAUUGACAUACAAGCUUUUAUAACAAAAACAACAACUACUACUACAACUAAGUCACCUACAACACCACCACCACCAUCUGCCUCAUCAAGCCCAACAAGUGUUUUAAAUUUCUAUGACUUUUUACCGGCCAACACGUGGCGUAAUGGCUCAAUUGCCACGCAUAAGAUUUCCACAAAACGUGUUGCCAAAGUGAUUGUUGGCCAAGAUUAUACAAGUUCUCAGCAGGCAGCCUCCUUCACAGCAGCAUUCUCCUCCCCACCCACAUCUUCACCCAGCCACUCCACACACACAACACGAACAACCGAAGGCGGUGGCUCGUUUUCUUGUUUAGUGGAAGUCCUUGAGCCUCAGUGUGAGUGCGGUUGGAGUUCUACGGUGAAAAUAGCUGGAGCUUCUGGUGUGGCAGGUAUCAAUGAGUUUCCUUCAAUGGCUGGAGUAAUGACCAUAAAAAAUCAAAAGAUUUUUUGUGGCGCAACUAUAAUUCAUCAUCGUUAUUUGCUUUCGGCUGCCCAUUGUUAUAUAACACCUGAAACUAGCAGACCAGAAUAUCUGACAGCUGUAGUUGGUGAACAUGACUUGUCCACGGUUCUGGAAUCCUUUUACACCCGCCAAUACGACAUCAUAAAAAUCAUACCGCACGAACAGUUUCAUGUCAGCUCUACCAAAGUUCACAAUGAUAUAGCUCUGCUUAAAACUCGCUAUCCCAUCGAAUGGAAUCGUAGUGUGGGACCAGUUUGCUUGCCAUUUUACAGUCUAAAAGAGGCUAGUGCUAACAUACCAUAUGCCGGUCAACGCGUAGAGACUGCCGGUUGGGGCACCACCUCAUUUGGUGGCAAACAGUCUUCGGUAUUGUUAAAGACCACCUUGGAUGUGAUGUCGCGCGGGGAUUGUCAACAUUUUGUUAGAAAUCUGGCAUUUGGAGCAUUUUGUACUUAUACUCCAGGUCGAGAUACCUGUCAAUAUGACUCGGGUGGAGCUUUGUAUGCACGAGGAGAACGUUUGUAUGCUUUGGGUAUUGUGAGUUAUGGUUUUGCCUGUGCCACCAAUCAGCCUUCAGUGAAUACAAGGAUUUCUUCGCAUUUAAAGUGGAUUAGGAAUAAGACGCCGGAAGUGAAAUAUUGUAUGAAAUAA